AUGAUUAUAGUGGAAAAUAAAACCAAAGCGCUCGAUAAAUUGGACGUUGAGUUAAAUAGUGACUGCAAUUUUUCCCAUAAUGAUUUUGAGCAGCCCCUAGACGAGGGUGACGCCAGUGAAAUUAAGAAAAAAUUUUACCAUGACAGUUUUAAAAUUGAAAUUGACGAGGGUGAGGAUUUUUUGGAGAUUGAGAAAGAAAAUUUGAAUCGGGUCAUUAUUGAGGACAAAGUUUAUGAAUUUAAUGAGAAACAUGGAAAAAGGUAUGAUAAUUUUGAAUAUUUAAGGAUGACGGAAGAUCUGAUAAGGAAUCACUGCAAGAAGGAAAAUUUAUAUCAGACACCGUAUCUUAAUGAUGUGCUGUACCUCCACUACAAUGGAUUUUCAUAUAUUGAGAAUUUGGGAAAGUACACGGGGCUGAAGUGCCUGUGGCUGGAGAAUAAUGGAAUCAAGGAGAUCGCUAAUUUGAGCAAUCAGAGGGAAUUGAGAUGUUUGUAUUUGCACAAUAAUUUGAUAUCGAAAAUUGAGAAUCUUGAAGCCCUUACUAAGUUGGACACUCUUAAUUUGUCGCGCAAUACUAUUAGGACUAUUGAAAAUCUUGAUGGCUUGAAAGUUUUGAAUACUUUGAAUCUAUCGCACAAUUAUCUGACAAGUGUCCAAGAUAUUGAGCACUUGAAAUAUUUGGACUCACUCUCAGUUCUUGAUGUCUCGCACAAUCAAAUCGAAUCACCAGAAGUAAUGGAGAUUUUUGGCGCCAUGAAGUCUCUACGGGUAUUGACGUUAAUGGGAAAUCCAGUUUUGAGGUCCAUUAAAACCUACCGUAAAGUAAUGAUUUUAAAAUGUAAGAAUCUGAGUUAUCUUGAUGACCGUCCGGUUUUUCCCAUAGAUCGAGCUUGUGCUCUAGCAUGGGAACGAGGAGGCGCUGAAGAAGAAAUGAGGGAACGGGACCGAUGUAAUAAAGCAGAACAGAAAAAAAUAAAUGAUAGUGUUAUGGGGUUACGUAAUUUGCCGCGAAUUCAAGGGGAAAUUGAAACAAAUUUAUUUGAUACUGAUGAUGAAAAAUCGUCUGAUGGUGAAAAUGAUGAAAAUUUAAUGGAAAAUUGUUUGGAAAAUGUUGAUGAAAAUUUUAUGGAAAGUAAGAAAAAUUUAUCGGAAAAUUUUUUGGUAAAAGAAAAUUUAGUGGAAUGUAACGAAAAUCACUUGGAAAAUGAGGAAAAUUUUAUACAAAAUGGAGAAAAUAAU